AUGUACAUGGACAAAAUGCACCAGGGCCUCAUUGAUGCCAUCAAGCCCUUCUUGCAUUACUAUGAGCAGGUUGACGGGGUGUCCUACAGGAAAGCCAUCUUCAUCUUCCUCAGUAAUGCUGGUGGUGACUUAAUUAAUAAAGCAGCGCUUGACUUCUGGACCAUUGGAAAGCAUAGGGAAGAUAUUCAGCUGAAAGACCUUGAGCCCAUGCUGUCUGUGGGAGUCUUCAGUAACAAGAACAGUGGACUGUGGCACAGCAGCCUCAUGGACAGGAACCUCAUUGACUACUUUGUUCCCUUGCUCCCCCUGGAGCACAAGCACGUGAAGAUGUGUGUGCAGGCUGAGAUGAUUGCCCACGGGCAUGAAGUCGAUGAGAAGGUUGUUCAGGCAGUGGCUGAUGAAAUGACAUACUUCCCCAAAGAAGCAAGAAUCUACUCCAAUAAAGGUUGCAAGACUGUACAGGCCAAGCUGGACAUCCAUGAAGACAUUGCAAAAGCCAUGGACUGA